CAGAUCAACAUGGAUAAAGCUGCUGAAAAAUUCAUCUUUGAUGCUUUCCACGACCCGGGGAGAGACGCACUUCUGCACGGCAAGUUCCCCGGGGAUUUCCUGUGGGGCGUAGCAACAGCCUCAUACCAGAUAGAAGGUGCUUGGGAUGUGGACGGGAAGGGUCCAAGCGUCUGGGAUUCCUUCAGUCAUUCAGAAGGCAAAGUCUACCAGAAUCAGACAGGGGAUGUUGCAUGCGACAGCUACAACAAGAUCGAGAGAGAUGUAGAGAUGCUUAAGGAGCUUGGAGUGAAGGCGUAUCGCUUCUCGAUCUCGUGGUCUCGGAUUCUACCAACAGGUACCGUUGAGAGCUUCAACCAGGCCGGUGUUGAUUACUACAACAGAGUUCUAUCUGCCUUAGAAGUGGCUGGGAUUGAACCUAUGGUGACUCUCUACCAUUGGGAUCUCCCUCAAGCCCUUCAGGACAUCGGCGGUUGGGAGAAUGACAUGAUGGCCGUGUAUUUCAGUGACUACGCUGAUAAAUGCUUCAGGGAGUUUGGCGCCAAAAUAAAGCUUUGGAUCACGUUUAACGAGCCUUUAGUUUUUACAACACACGGUUACGAGAUUGGUUCUCAUGCUCCUGGCCUGAAGCACAGUGGAUACGGGGCGUACAGGGCUGGCCAUACAUUAAUCAAAGCCCAUGCUCAAGCCUGGCAUUUGUAUGAUGACAAGUAUCGUUCGAGGCAACAGGGUAAAGUUUCAAUUGCCUUCAAUUCGGAUUGGUUUGAACCGAAGACUGACUCCGAAAAAGACAAAGUGGCUGCCCAGAGAGCCGCUACACUCUCCCUCGGUUGGUUCGCACACCCUGUGUUGGUAAACGGUGAUUAUCCUGAACUGAUGAAAGAAUAUGUCGCCAACGCAAGUCGUCUUCAAGGCCUCUCAACAUCCAGACUUCCUCAGUUUUCAGAGAGUGAGAAGAAGACGAUCGCUGGGACGUUUGACUUCUUGGGUUUGAAUCAUUACACAACCUCGUACGUCAGUCAUAAAGCUACAGCUCAUCCCCGCGUGGCUAGCUUCAUGUUAGACUGCGACAUUGAGUUGACAAAAGAUGACGCCUGGCCGAAAGCUGCUUCGUCUUGGUUGAGCAUCGUACCUUGGGGUAUGAGGAGAUUGCUGGGAUGGAUCAAGGAGCAUUAUGGAGAUGUACCUAUUUACAUUACGGAGAAUGGGAUGUCACAGAGUGGGAUGGACAUCAAGGAUGAGUUAAGAGUUAAGUACUUCAAGGCCUACAUCAAUGUGGUACUCAAAGCCCAUCUGAUAGACGGUGUAAACGUAAAGGGUUACUUUGCAUGGUCCCUCAUGGAUAACUUCGAAUGGGCCCAGGGAUACCGUGAGAAGUUUGGUAUUUACGAGGUCAACUUUGAACACCCCGAGCGACUUCGGACACCCAGAGAGUCAGCUAAAGCCUUCGCCGAGAUAAUUAACAACGGCUUUAAACCACCAGAGGAAAAAUAAACUACACAUUUAUAGGGGUCUAGGCACUGGA